CAGACCUGGACGGAUAAGGGUGUUACACUCGCCUUGUUUGCCUCUUCCACCGAUGCCCUGGUUUGUUCUCGGUGGUGGCGACAUCAUCUUUCCUUUUCUGUGUUUUCCCUACAUUCGGUGCUUCUGAUUUGUUCUAUUUUCAGAUCUGUUUGUCCGCAGUAAGUGUUGGGCGUCCCGAGCGACAUGCGUUGAACGUUGGACGUCUUCUAGAACAGGAUUAGGAAUAGCUUGUGUAUAUAAACACAUGUACUCCCACAUUAUUGUUUAAGGAAAUUCAUAAUUCUUCAUGGUAUCAGAGCCAUAAUCUCUCAACCCAAAAACCCUAACCCUACCCGUGCUCUCUCCCUCCCUCUCGGCGUGCUUUCUCCAGCGCCGCACACCACCCGCCGUCCUCCUCUCCUCGGCGGCAGUAGCAGCGCAGCACAGCCCCUCUCUUCCUCGGCGACGACAGCGCCCUCCCCUCUCAAUAUGGCUUCCUCUGAUAAACCCUCAGAAAACUCAACCUCUUCCUCCUCCUCGAAUGCUCCUCAUCUUGCCUUCACAACAAUCUUCAACGUCAAGCUUUAUGUCCUGAUUCAGCUCAGCUUUUCUCAGCCCAACUACAAAAAAUGGAGCCGGCUCUUUCUCCUCCUGGUGCGCCGAUUCACCCUCCACGGGUUUCUCUCAUGUUCUACCACUCCUUCUGCCGAUGAUGAUGAAUGGUACCAGCUUGACGCCCUGAUCCAAGGUUGGAUUCUCUCUACCAUCACGGAUGAAGUCUCAGAUCUGGUUAUCUCCACCACCACCACCGCUGCUGAACUCUGGCGGAUUAUUCAUGCUCUCUUUCAUGACAACAAACAUGCUCGGGCGAUGCAACUCGAGCACCAGUUUCGAACCACCAUCAAGGGUUCGAUGACCAUGGCCACUUACUGUCAAACUUUGCGAAACAUUGCCGAUUGGUUGGAUGAUGUUGACGCCCCAGUCUCUGAGUCUCAACUUGUGCUUCAAAUGCUUCGUGGGCUACCCGACGAUCUCCAGGCUCAGACAUCGUUCUUGCAAUUCCAACAACCGCUGCCCACGUUCCUUCAGACCCGAUCCGCUCUCCUGCUCCUUGAACGGCAAGGACAAACCGUCAUGGACGACGCCGGCACGGCGCUCAUGGCUGGCCGAACCGGCAGCUCACCAUACGGCGGCAGCAGCGGCGGUUUCGGGCGCAGCGGUGGGACGCCCGGCAGUGGGCACAACGGCGGCAGCGGCGGCGGUCGCGGGCAGCAGGGGCGCAACUCCGGUCGCGGUGGAGGCGGCCGUGGACGUGGAUGAGGAAGAAACUCUGGUUCGCAAC